CCAACUCCUUGUAGGGACUUUCUGCCUCGAGGAUCCGGCAUUGUCACCCGCCGCCCCCUGGUCCUGCAGCUGGUCAAUUCUUCCACAGAAUAUGCCGAGUUCCUGCACUGCAAGGGUAAGAAAUUCACCGACUUCGAGGAGGUGCGUCUGGAGAUCGAGGCUGAAACGGACCGGGUCACCGGCACCAACAAGGGCAUCUCUCCUGUGCCCAUCAACCUCCGAGUCUACUCACCACACGUGCUGAACCUGACUCUGGUGGACCUGCCCGGAAUGACCAAGGUCCCGGUGGGGGACCAGCCUGCUGACAUCGAGUUCCAGAUUCGGGACAUGCUCAUGCAGUUCGUCACCAAAGAGAACUGCCUCAUCCUGGCCGUGUCGCCCGCCAACUCCGACCUGGCGAACUCCGAUGCCCUCAAGAUCGCCAAGGAGGUGGACCCCCAGGGUCAGCGCACCAUCGGGGUCAUCACUAAGCUGGACCUGAUGGAUGAGGGUACAGACGCCCGCGAUGUGCUGGAGAACAAGCUGCUCCCCCUGCGCAGAGGUUAUAUCGGGGUGGUGAACCGGAGCCAGAAGGACAUCGAUGGCAAGAAGGACAUCACAGCCGCCCUGGCUGCUGAGCGAAAGUUUUUCCUCUCCCACCCAUCCUACCGCCACUUGGCUGACCGCAUGGGCACACCCUACCUGCAGAAGGUCCUCAACCAGCAAUUGACAAACCACAUUCGGGACACGUUGCCUGGGCUGAGGAACAAGCUGCAGAGCCAGCUGCUGUCCAUCGAGAAGGAGGUGGACGAGUACAAGAACUUCCGCCCAGAUGACCCGGCUCGCAAGACCAAGGCGCUGCUACAGAUGGUCCAGCAGUUUGCCGUGGACUUUGAGAAGCGCAUCGAGGGCUCGGGAGACCAGAUCGACACCUAUGAGCUCUCGGGAGGAGCCCGAAUCAACCGCAUCUUCCACGAGCGCUUCCCCUUUGAGUUGGUCAAGAUGGAGUUUGACGAGAAGGAACUCAGACGGGAGAUCAGCUAUGCCAUCAAGAAUAUCCAUGGCAUUAGAACAGGGCUGUUCACCCCAGACAUGGCCUUUGAGACCAUUGUGAAAAAGCAGGUGAAGAAGAUCCGAGAACCGUGUCUCAAGUGUGUGGACAUGGUUAUCUCGGAGCUAAUCAGCACCGUUAGACAGUGCACCAAGAAGCUCCAGCAGUACCCGAGGCUGCGGGAAGAGAUGGAGCGCAUCGUGACCACCCACAUCCGGGAGCGCGAGGGUCGGACCAAGGAGCAGGUCAUGCUCCUCAUUGACAUUGAGCUGGCUUACAUGAACACCAACCACGAGGACUUCAUAGGCUUUGCCAAUGCUCAGCAGAGAAGCAGCCAGAUGAGCAAGAAGAAGGCUUCUGGGAACCAGGAUGAGAUUCUGGUCAUCCGGAAGGGCUGGCUGACUAUCAACAAUAUCGGCAUCAUGAAGGGGGGCUCUAAGGAGUACUGGUUCGUGCUGACGGCCGAGAACCUGUCCUGGUACAAGGAUGAUGAGGAGAAGGAGAAGAAAUACAUGCUGUCGGUGGACAACCUGAAGCUGCGGGAUGUGGAGAAGGGCUUCAUGUCAAGCAAGCAUAUCUUUGCCCUCUUUAACACGGAGCAGAGGAACGUGUACAAGGAUUAUCGGCAGCUGGAACUGGCCUGUGAGACUCAGGAGGAGGUGGACAGCUGGAAAGCCUCCUUCCUGAGGGCUGGCGUGUACCCGGAGCGCGUUGGGGACAAAGAGAAAGCCAGUGAGACCGAGGAGAACGGCUCGGACAACUUCAUGCACUCCAUGGACCCGCAGCUGGAGCGGCAGGUGGAGACCAUUCGAAACCUGGUGGACUCGUACAUGGCCAUCGUCAACAAGACUGUGCGGGACCUCAUGCCGAAGACCAUCAUGCACCUCAUGAUCAACAACACCAAGGAGUUCAUCUUCUCGGAGCUCUUAGCCAACCUGUACUCGUGCGGGGACCAGAACACGCUGAUGGAGGAGUCAGCCGAGCAGGCGCAGCGCCGCGACGAGAUGCUGCGCAUGUACCACGCGCUGAAGGAGGCUCUGAGCAUCAUCGGCGACAUCAACACGACCACCGUCAGCACGCCCAUGCCCCCGCCUGUGGACGACUCCUGGCUGCAGGUGCAGAGCGUACCGACCGGACGCAGGUCACCCACGUCCAGCCCCACGCCGCAGCGCCGAGCCCCCGCCGUGCCCCCAGCCCGGCCAGGGUCGCGGGGCCCUGCUCCUGGGCCUCCGCCUGCUGGGUCCACCCUGGGGGGGGCACCCCCCGUGCCCUCCAGGCCGGGGGCUUCCCCUGAUCCCUUCGGCCCUCCCCCCCAGGUGCCCUCGCGCCCCAACCGCGCCCCACCCGGGGUCCCCAGAAUCACUAUCAGUGACCCUUGAGGAACGUCAGUCACGGAAGGGCCCAGCCUCACCUACGCGACCUGCAGCCCCCCGACCAGCUGAGGCUCCCCUCUUAGACUUAUAAGUCUGUGGCCACUGGCAUCCAGCUGCCUGCCCUCUAAGUCUCCCCCAAGGGCCCCCCCGGGCUUUCUGAUCACCCAGAGGGGCCUCCAGUGCUUUGCCCAUGUUCGCACCACCUUCUGGGUUCUCUGGUCUUUCUUAGAAGACAUGGUGGUCAGAGAAGAGGGAGUCAGCAGGGAACCCAGUGGUGGUGGUACCUGUGUUCUGGUGUGGGUGCACUGCCUGGAUGGUGUGUGAGACCAGUGUGUGUGAUAGUGGGGUGGCCACCCCAGACUCCCUAUGAAGCUCUGGCCCCUGCCCAUCUCCAGCACCUCCCCUCCCCUCUCUGCCUCCCCGCCCCCCACCCCUAUGCCACCUCCUCCCACCGCUGCCCUGGCCGCUCUUGCCUUACCAGCUUCCUCCCCCCCCACCCUUUUCUCUCCCAUCUCUUUUCUCUCCACUUUCUCACCAACUGCCAGCCGAUCGGGUCAGGCAAGUCCAUCCCGUCCUGAGAGCCCCAGGCCCCCGUUCGACCUCUAACCAGAUUCCUCCCACUCCUCGGAGACUUGCCUUUCCAAGCCUGCCUGGACGGCCCUCCUGUGACUUGACAGUGGCGACCCUCCCCGGCCCCCUCCUCAACGGCCCUCUUCUGUGACUUAGUCUGUUCUAGUGGUGAGCCCACACAUCCAGGCGUGACACUGGUGAAAACGUGUGCCCCUCUGUGAUCUUGCUCCUACCCUGGUCUAUAAAUAUCUAUAAAUACUCAUAUAUAUACAUAUAUAUACACAUAUAUAGAUCUAUAUGGCAGACACAGCCUUGCCUCUCGUGUUGGAAUUCAAUCACUGUGCUGUCCUGUGGAGUCUUGUGGCCUAUCCAGGAACACUAUCAUCACCUUGGCAUCCCCUUCCCAAGUGUUGGUCCACCUCCAGUGAGCCUCCUUGUGGACAGCCAGCUCCCCCUCUCCUCUCCUGCCCUCCCGUCCCCCUCCGAGCAUGGGGCUACUGUACCGGCAGCCGUGUGGUUCUCUGGCUGCCACCAACCAGUCUUGCUGUCUCUUGGCUGAGAAUAAAACCCAUUUCUGGAUGAUGGAGAA